AUGCCGCUAGGUAACUACUCCGUCGACUGUCGUUACACCUCCAGGAUGCUCAGCCAGUCGCAGCCCCCCGGCCCCAGCCCGGAUCACCCCGAACAACUCAAGGAGUGCGCACAGCUCUUCACUCAGAACUAUGGUAUCUGGGGGAGCGCUGCGCCGACGCCAUUGCGGCCCGGUGGGCGGGUCAGUCUGAAACCCAACGUAUUGCGUGUGAAAUGUCUGGGCGAUCCCAGCUCCACGAUUGUCGUGCGCGCGUUUGCCAAUGGCUCGGAGCUGGUGGGGCACGCUUUUGCGACGAAAUGGCUGUACACAGGAAAUGAGGCUCCCUACAAUGAUGGGCGGAGCUGUGUCGGGUGGGUUACGCAACUCGUUGUCGCAAAGCACCUGCGCCGACAGUGGAUCGCCACCUCGCUCCUGAGCUUCCUCAAGAACACCUCGUGGUUCAAGGAUGUUGUUAUGAUGGGUUUGAUGUCGUCUCAUCCCGCUGCGUGCAACGCGCUCAGCAAGCUUAUCUUCGACUUCAGUUUCAUGCGCCAGUAUGCGCCGUCGGUACUUGGCUGCUCCUCCGUGUCGUACGUAAAGGAGGCUCGUCUCGCCGGCGCCUUCCUGGAGGGCGAUACCGACCCACAGGCUGCAUACGAAGCUUUCACAGACUUCUGGGUAGAUCAUGGCGAGCCGAACACAGUGCUGCAGGCCUACAUGCAGAAGGGGAAAUGGUCAUCUGGGCCUCUCAGCGAAGGCCAUGAGUUCCUCAUCUUGGUUCCCAUCCAGUAG